CACCGGACAUAACGUUUAAUCGCUUAUCAGAGACGGUUACAUCACCUACCUUUAUGCUGAAUUUCGAAACGGAGAUAAGAUAACCGAUAAUACCGCCGUAUUACAGUUUUUAAAUAAGUUUCACAUGCUAUCGAACGCUUCAGUCUGGGCCGUUGGAGUUUUACGGGUGUUUUAGUGCUUUUUCUCCAUGUUAGUUUGAAAGUGAAGUGCGAAAAUGGGUUCCAGGGAUUUAAUCUUGGCGUUGCUUGUGAUCGGCUGUGCGAAUGCUCAAUUAUUUAGAGUGUGUGUCGUCGAAAAUAACAUAAGAUGUCAAAACCUGGACAAAGAUGGCAGCCAAGUGGCAUGUUUGAAUGUACAAACAAGUGUGGAGUGCGCGCUACAGAUGAGCAGGGGAGCCGCUCAUGUCGGCGCUUUCACGGAAGAAGAGUUGAUGCUGCUCGCUCAAAGAAACACGGAUGAAUACCGCGUCCUGGGUACUGUGAGAAACGUCAACAGGAUGGUGCCAUUCGCGUUCGAAGCGGUAGCUGUGGUGCCUAACAACCACACGAAUGGAUUCGAGGGUCUCCGAGGAGGGCGGUACUGCCAUCCAGGACUUGGCGCAACAGACAUGCGCUGGUCGCCCCGAGUGCUCAGGACUCUGGAAACAAUGUCGGCCCGUACGGACCGCUGCACCGGCGUGACUCAAGGCCGCACCGCUGAAGAGUUGGAAGUGGAGACCCUCAGCAGCUUCUUCUCCGAAGCCUGCAGACCUGGACCUUGGAGCGCUAACGCCACCAUCGAUGCUAAUCUCAAGAGCCGGUUUCCGAAUCUUUGCGCGAUGUGCUCGGCUAGCGGCACUUGCGCCGGUUACAACGACCCAUCCGCUGUCAACGUGGCGGGAGUUUCCAACCGAGACGCUCAUAUACAAGCCUUGCAAUGUCUCGUUACCAACGGGACUGUGGCUUACGUCGCUUGGACUCAUGUUUCUCAGUACUUUUCGUCCGCCAGACCCGACCUGAUCGGCAAUUACUCGUUGCUCUGCGAGGACGGCACUUUGGUCCCGCUGUCGACUGAAGUUCUGGCUAUGCCCACUUCCCCCUGCUCUCUCGUCAGACAACCUUGGAGUGCUAUUGUUGCAACCACCGCCUCGGCCGACGCUCUACUGGCAAGCCUUCAGAACUGGUGGCCCGAUGGUCAGGACCCCAGCGGCAACUCCUGGGAAUCAAACCUGUUCUCCGUGCUAGCCGGACCCAAUACUAGGGUCGCGUUCGAAUCUAAUCUAACUCCACUGCUGUCGCCAUCGAACUUUACUAGCCCUAUCCGCAGCAUCCCAGCCAUAGAUGCGACCGCAUCUUGUCUCCCCGCCCGUAGAUGGUGCACAAUGUCAGCUGCGGAACACGAGAAAUGCACUUGGAUCAGAACCGCGGCUUACACGUUGGGAAUACAGCCCGCCAUAUCGUGCCAGCAGAGGGCCAACGAAUUCGCCUGCUUGAGAGACAUAAGGGACGGCAACGCGGAUUUCAUUUCCAUAGACACGCAUUACGGGUUCUUGGCUAGGACACACUUUCGUCUAUCUCCCGUGAAGUUGGUACAGAAUCUACGCGAUUCCACAUCUCGCGUAGCGGCUUUAGUGAAGGAAUCGGUUACCAACGAAAUAUCCCGUUUCGAGAACCUUCGGGACAAGGUCGCGUGCUUCCCAGAGUUUGGAGGUCUUGCGUUCAUGGCAUUCGUCCGAACGGCCCACGAGCGUGGCGUGAUCAGUUCUUCAGAAUGUGACUACGCGCGCGCCGUCGGGGAGUUCUUCAGCGGAUCCUGCGCCCCCGGGGCCUUGGACGCUUCACAUACUAUAUACGAAUCAUCCACAUUCAACGCGUCGAGAUUGUGUACAGCGUGCCGCUGGAGCAGCCCUGCUUUCGCUAACGCAACUAACAGCGAAUUCACAUGUUCGUGGAAUAACACCAACUGGUACUUCGGCAACAACGGCUCGCUUCUGUGCUUGAACGAUCCCAACACCCAUGUCGCUUUCGUGGAGACGCAGAAUAUUCGUGCGCAACUCCAGGCUUUGGGCAUGCAAAACGCCAGUUUCCGCGCACUGUGCAGAAACAACUCUUUGGCACAGAAUGUGGGUGUUGAUGUACCAGAGGACUGUUUGAUAGCCCACGUUGUGGACGCUGAAGUGCUUACUAGGAGAAACGACCAGAUCACAAACAGCCUCAGUUCCCUACUGGACUCUCUGGACCAACUGUUCGGUUACAACAUCGCCACAGCAGAACAGCUGAUCAACAUCCGCAUAUACUCACCUUUCCUAGGCCGCAGUGAUUUACUAUUCAAAGACUCCACUAUAGGAUUAACCGAGCCUACUAUGGAUACUAACCAUCAGCCUGCAAGGAAUUAUAUUGAAAUGUUCAGACAUCUCGAGACAUGUACUAGCGCCGCCGCACCUACUACCCCUACCCCGGGGAAAGCAGUCAGGGCAUACACUUCCCUGCUCACUUUGAUCGUAAUGGCUUUGAUUGCCAAAAUCGUUAAUUAAAUUGAAUAAAAAAACACAGAGCACUCAGAAAAAUCAUUUAACAUAAAAGUUUGAGUAAGUGGUUGCUGUCUUUCUUUGCGGUAAUAGAGUGGAAUGACCAGCGUGGCCAGAGAUUUUUAAAUCCAAAUUAAAUGUCCCGCGGGGGAUAGACUCAAUCCCGCUUUUCGGGAAUAAAACUAAUAAAUAAAAGUUUUUUGAUUUUUAUUUGUUUUUUUUUAUUCAGAAGACGAAUAAGAUUCAACUAUUUAACGAUAGGGUAAACUGAUUUAAAAUAUCAUAUUUUUAUUAAAAUACAUUUUCUAUGGACAUUUUUACUAGGCACCUAUGUAUUUUCACGUAAAUGUUAUUUGAAGUUAAAUAAAAAGAUAAAUAUUCAAUAACUUAUACGUUUUUUGCUAUGACCCGCUUUCGACGAAAGAAUCCCGCUUUUAUCACUCAAAAAGUUUCUAAAUUUAUCCCGACUUGGCAAAAAUAAUCUGGCAACGCUGGGGACAACACUAACUAAUGAAUCAUUAAAUAAAUUUGACGUUUCUGAGUCCGAUUGUAAUGUUAAUACUUCUUAUUAUUAAAAAUGUAGACAGGUAUGUUAAAAAACCAAUGUAAUGGCCGCUUGCGCCAACAUUCUUAAAUUAAAAUGCUUAUAAGGCUGGGCGCAUAUAUACGGUUUCCUGAUCAGGAAUUCCUAUUUAGGGACCUGAAUGUCUGAAUGUCUGUACAUACAAAAUUUUCAACGAGGCCCACAUAUUGCUUUUUUAUCAGAAUAGAAAAAUUCUAUUGUCCGAAUAACCUCAAUAGGAAUUUUACGUAAAACUUGACACAUUUUCUAUUAAAAUUGACUAUUUUUGUAUGACAGUGACAUUUCGCACUCGCAAACUAUUCGAUAUUGGUUCGUGCUUGGGGUACAUAAGCCAAUUCGCUAACUGCAUUCAUAGGUAGAAGUGAUAAUUACCAAGCUAUUUAGUGGUCCACUACUGCUUUAUUGUAACGCCACCAAGAUACUUGUUCUGAAAAGCAUCCAUGGAUAUGCGAUUUCCGCUUUAGUUACACACUCGUGUCGUUUCUGGCAUGUGAUUCUUUAAACUUAAAACUAAAUUUAACAUCAGUCUCUCCUUUUCGUUUUGUAUAGAGAACUAGCGGCCCGCCCUCGCUUCGCUUCGGUGUAGAGCUGAAUGUAGACUACAGUUUUUGUUCUCAGGAUUGUAUUAUACACAAUAACAUUCAUCUAUGAUUCUUCUUAUACCUAGUUUACCUAAAGUUUCAUACAAACUUUCAUUCCCUAUUUUAUCCCCUUGGGAGUAGAAUUGAUUAAAAUCCUUUCUUAGCGGAUGCCUACGUCAUAACAUCUACCUGCAUGCCAAAUUUCAGCCCGAUCCGUCCAGUGGUUUGGGCUGUGCGUUGAUGAUAGAUCAUUAUGUCAGUCAGUCACCUUUGAGUUUUAUAUAUAUAGAUGACAAGGAUACACUGUUGUCAGAUUACAGUUUAGGUAUAGCGAGUCUCACUAGAAUCCACACCAUUGUAAAAAAGUUUGCGAUUAGGCCGGCCGAUAAAACCGUACAUAUGCGCCCAGCCUUAUUCCUAAUUAACACGUCAUCUAGGGUUGCCUACCCCACUCAUAUAAUAUAGUAGUCUGUGCGGAAAGAGAAUGGGAUCUAGAUUGGAGGGCGCUGUAUUGCUUUUCUACCGUAUUUGUAAGGUUUUACCCCUUUUAGACAUGAUUAAAUACAAAAAACCGCAAGAAAUCACAACACAACAAACAAAUCCGUAUCAAAACAAAACCUUGACGUUUUACAGAUUUCUGGGUUUGAUUGCCAAAUAAAAAUCUUAAUGUUAGUUCCGUUUUUCGCCACGCCCAUUCUCUUUCCGCACAGACUUAUCUUACUUUAUUAGAAGAUCAAAUACUAUAUUUCUAGAAAAUAUAUAUAGUAGGCGAAACUACUAUAUUUGUCAUUUAUAUUUUUAUUAUUUGUCAUAUUAUGAUACCAUCUUUGUCAUUUAUUUAAUAUCAAAUAGACAUAGAAUAAGCUUUUAAAUUAUAUUUAAGAAUUUUGUUGCAAGUUGACCAAAUAAUACUUCUUUUAAAACACUUAAUAAUGUAUUAAAUAAUUAGGUAGGUAAGUAUAAGUAUAUAUAUAUAUAUAUAUAAAAAAAAACUAAAAUUUGUAAUAAAACCUAAAAUUGAGUAUUUAUGCUUUUAUUGCUUGUUUGUAUCGAAAUUCCUUGUGUUGUAAAGUGAAUACUUAGAAAAAAAAUAAGUUUUAUUACUUACUUAGUCUAUGCUUAGGUUUACUUAAGUAUUUAGCGCUUACACGAAUUACCGAAUUUAUUUUUUCCAAUAACCAUUGUCGUCCAUUGUAAUCACCCUAUAUGUCACUGUAGUUAUCACAAUUUGAAUGUAACGUUACUGCCUUAAAAAUUGUUACACAUAAGAUUUUAAUUCUUCUAUAGGCUUAAAUAUAAUAAUAUCUGUAUUCAAAAAAUAUUUUUUAAAAUUAAUAUGAAUUUUGAUAAUAAACAUUUGGCUCUUCCACUAAUUGAAACUUGUAUUUUCAAAAAAUGAAAUAUAUUUAGAAAAUUCUAUCAUUUGUAAAAAAGAUUUAAAGAUUUCAUCAGACAGUGUCUGGUAACCAAAAUGAAAACUACCCGAAUACGGACGUACUCAACUCUGUUCAUUUACACUUAGUCUAGGGUUGCCAACCUCAAAUUUAAAAAGGAUUUUAAGUUGAAAAAACCAGGUCAAUUCAGUUUCAAAACAGGACAUAUUAAUAGUGUUGCAAUAGUUAAAUAAAUAUCUAGUGAAAACAGGUGAAAUGAAAUUCCUUUAAUUAAAAUAAUCACAUGUAGCGUAAAAUUUUGAGAAGAGGCGCGCGAUUUUAAAAAUUAUAAACCCAGGACGCUGCUUAAAAACUAUUCAGCACGUUCCAGGACACUACAAAAACUAGGGCAUGUCCUGGGAAAACAGGACGGUUGGCAAUCCUAACUUAGUCGUUUAGUUGAAUUUUAUUGGCAAUCGUAUUCGGGCUAACGACCAAGUGUAAUUGAGCCAUAAUAAAAAGCUUGUGUACAAAACAGCCACAGAAGUGAGAUUUUCUAAUUUCCCAGGAAUGAAUUCCAUAGUGUGUUCAUUGGGAGAACUUGGCGUUCUUGCAUUGAAGGGCGUAAUUUCUUUGCGUUAGAUAAAGGUACUUUUACAGACUUACCUUACAUUACUGGAAUUGGCGGCCAAGCAAUUGUAGCCUUAACAUGUAAGGCUGCAAAAUUCUUCGGUCGAUAAUGUGCAUAAUGAAAUAAAUUAAAAAUAUUAUAGUAUUGCAUGCUAGUAUUUAAGAUUGUGUGUGAAUUAGUGAACAAAUAUUUUCCAAUACAUUUUAAGAGUAAGUACCUAUAUUUUGCAUUUAUGUAUCUAAACUUUACUUUAGCAUGUAUAAACGGUAAAAAAUUAAAAGACGCCAUUUUAUAUUUUUAUGACCUUACUUAAUAUGUAAUAAAGACAAUUUUUGUUAGCCGUGUGAUUUGAUUUUGGUUUGUUUCUGCCCUAAUUUCAACUGCUAUCAAAACACAACGAUAUUAAAUACCCUAGAUACACCAACACGAACAAAAUCGUGCCCGAAACCUGUCCAAAAGGUACAUUGAACGAUCCACGAAGCUCCGUAAGAUGAUCGCGUAGUCAAAAUCAAUAUAAGGCAUUAUUUAAAUAUUGAAAGUAACCUUUAAUACAUACUGUUUAAGGUCUUAAAUAAAACGCAUACGUCAAGAACUUCUGACAGUUCGAAAUGCAAGCUUGCAAAAUUUUACGACUUAUUGCUAUAUGCGGAAGAAUUUAGACCUUAUUUCUUUGACUACGCGCAAUUCUGAACGCGCUGUUAGUAAUAUAGCAGGCACGGACCGCGGGGAAGAGUCGGCUAUAUGGCGACGUAUAACCGACCAUGUCUUUGAAUAUCACAAAUAUUUUAUAUUAAAUCAGUUUGUAGUAAGUAUUAGAUCCAAAUUUACUUCAAAUGCGUUAAAUUAACAAACAUUGACUAGAUACCUAUCGAAAAUACGACACUUUUCGUACUGUUGACGACCUCCGUGGCCGAGUGGUUUAUACGCCGGGUUUCAUGGCGUCGCCGACUCGAGAGGUCCCGGGUUCGAUUCCCGGUGGGGGCAGAUGUUUGUGUGAUGAAUACGAGCAUUUGUACUCCAGUCAUGGAUGUUUAAUAUGUAUUUCAUAUAAAUAUACUUAUAAGUAUAUGUACAAUAUAUGUAUUCUAUCCGUUACCCUAGUAUCCCAUAACACAAGCCUUUACAGUGCUUACUUUGGGGCUAGGCUAAUUGGUGUGAGUGUUGGAAAUAUUUAUUUAUUUAUUUACUGUAAGUAUUAUUUUCGCAUUUUUCGCGGAGCUCUGCGACAUCUUGACUUUGUAACGGUCCGCGCGUGACUGUGAACCAAGAAGUGCUUGAGUGGAGUUCAAGCACUUCAUGAUUGGGAUAAAUUUUGAGCGCUCGUGGUGUAUCUAAGGUAUUUAAUAUCUUUCUUAAAACACUUCAAACCUGCAAAUGAAAGAAUUUACAAAGUAUAUUAUAUUGCUAAUUCCCUCAAUAAAAAAGGAGGAAUAAGUUUAGACUAGUCAUGCCGUGUCUUGUUCAUAUUACUAAAGUGCCAUCUGUACUCUUAGUACGAGUUUUACAAUUACGAAAACUAUGAUAGUUUUCUUGAGCUCGCACUCGUACUGAGGGUACUGAUUUUAUUGUUUUCGUUUCAAUACAAAUAAACAGUGUUUAAAUUCUAUCAUUAAAACCUUUGCGUCUUCUUAAAUUAUAAGUAUACUAGCAAACCAGUGAACCAAAUGUUCACCAAAACCUGAUUUCUCGAAAACCGGAAGUGCUACGUUACUCAAAUCCGUUUUGUAGUCUUAUCAGACAAUUCUUAACUUAUAACUUAAAUAUUCUCUUUAUCUAUCUCUUACGGUUUGGCCGCUGAAACAGCACCACGGACAGACGGAUUUGUCUAAUAGAUAAGAGAUCUGGUUACGUUUCACCAAAAUGGAUAUAGAAACAUAAUUUACAAUUACGAAAACUAUGAUAGUUUUCGUGCGCUCGAACUCAUACUAAAGGAACUGUAAUCAGAGAUGUAAUAGAUAACCUUCAAAACGUUAUCUAAAAUACAAGGUAGGUACUAGGUAGGUACUCAAUUUUUUAGAUAACAGAUACAAGAUACUUUUGAAAAAGUAUUUGGAAUUCUAGAUACAAGAUACAUAUUUUCUAAAUACUUUAUUAAGAUAAAGAUACUUUGUGGAAGAAAGUAUAUUUUUAAUGGUUUUAAGGUUUACCUAAGUAAGUAAAUUAUGUAACAAUGCAAUAUUUUUUUCUUAGCUUAAUUAAAGAAUUGGUUUUGCUAAGGCCCAAUUUAGGGAAAUUCAUCCGCUCCGCUCGAGCCCCUUAUGUUAUUUGUGCCUUGCACCUUGUGAAGUAUUCCCAUAAUACCUGAGCCCUCUAUGUAGGGUCGAAGUAACUAACUACGUCGUAUCGCAUUGCGAUUCGACGUCGCAACGCAGUGUUGUGACCUCGCUCUUAGGAUUACCAACGAGAAAUCAAAACUAGAUCAAUUUUAAAAACUUUAUUUCAAUACAGUAUUGUUAUAAGUUAAAGUGUACCAAUUAUACAUACUUAGUUUGCGCCUCAAGACGAUAGUGGGUAAGAAAAAAUAAAUACAUAAAUUAUGUAGUAAAACAUCAUUGAAUACAGAACGUACCUCAACAAAAACCAGUCCCUUCUUCAAAAGAAAAAUAAAUUAAAUUUAUGAAAAAUCAUUUUUCACAUUUCACAAUUCAAUGAAAGUGAAAUCGUUAUCCUUGACAUUGUUAAACAUGUACUUAGCUAAUAAUAAUAUCAUAGGGUUAGGCGGAGGACAGUGUAACAUAAGAAAUAGAAUAUCUUCAUCUUCUUUCUCAUUGGCAGAAUUGUGGUAAAAUCGCCACUGU